UGUAACACUCAAAGUCAUCUAAAAAUAAUCUCGAUCUGAAAAUUCGGUCAUUUAAAACAAAUAUUAAGAGUGUAAACAACGUGAAUCCACAAAGUCAUGAGAAUAAAAUUAAUUUUUGCAGAUUCAUCUAGAAGGAAGAACUGAGACAAAAAACGGAAAAAAAGAAUCGUCAUAGCUUCUUUAAGUUUGUAUGAUGGAUGAAGAAAUAUUGAAGACAGUUGAGGCUGUUUUAGGGAAAGACGUUGAGAUAGUUGAUUGUCAGAAAACGAAAUCAGUGCAGGAAGAAGAAGUUUUGUUGAUUAAUGGUCAGCCUGUAAAGCUUGAAGGUAAAGACGCGGCUGCGAUAAAGAAAGCGUUGAUGACCGGUCAGAUCCCGCCUUGCGAUUUGCUCAAUCAAAUAUUGUUCCGUGCGGGUAUCCUUCGACAGCCAGUUCGCCUCGAAACAUCGUUGAGUGUUAAAUCAAGUCUCACGACAACAGAAGAAAUACGAGUUGCACGUAACGGUUGCAUACUUGACGAACGAUCACUUGAGACGAAAGAAGACAAUUUCUACACAAGUUCAUGCAGUGAAGUUUGGGAGCCAAUUGGUAAAGUUUCAUCGGUAAGAACUACAAACUGUGCUGUUGAUGAAAAUUGUCUGCCAACGGCAGGUGAUGAUAACAAUUUGGAAUACGUGAAACGCAAGAAAAGUUCGUCAUCAACACAAAUUCCGCCAAUGCGACAGAAUUCUGUCUGCACCAACGAUUCAAUUUAUUCGUCGUCAGCAUCGUCAUCAUCGCGUCCGACGAGUGAUUUAUCUGUCAAUAUAAGCAGCAGCGAUAUGAACCUUUACGAUAACAUUCAAUCGUAUUUAAUUAAUCAUCAUGGACAUGCGAACAAUAAUAUCGUCGAUAAUUCCACGAAACUUAACCAAAGUUUAAGCUGCGACUCAGGUCAUCACGACUACAGUCUCACAUCAACCACAGUCAAUGAUGAUGAAUACGCGAUACCAUCAACAACGACACAGUCAUCAAUUACAACGCAAAGUUCAUUAAAUGGGAAGACGGCGAAUAACUCAACAGCAUCCAUCGACGAGGUUGAUUUCCAACGCUGUCGCGUCAAAGAUCUACCUACGAUAGUGAAAUUGAAACCGCAGCAUCAUUUGCCAACAAUUUUCGGCACAGUGGCGUCAGAUCAAAGCCCGAAAGACAUUUCUAGUCGUCGAGGCCUUCCACAAACCGUGUCUGGCCAUCAGGUGAUUUCAUCAACUUCGGAAUCAAGCGUGAAAGAUUUUGAGUCUGAUGAGAAUACUUUAAUUUAUCGCGAUGGAAACUUACUUUCGGCGUCAUUGGAGGCAUUGAUUCAACAUAUGGUGCCAACCAAUGAUUAUUAUCCCGAUCGUUCUUACUUAUUUGCAUUUCUUUUGAGCUCGAGACUCUUCAUCAAACCCUAUCAGCUGUUGUCAAAGAUUUGGGAUUUGUCACAGCAACAACAAAACUUGAAGUCAUUCAUUCAACAAAAGCUCGCUCACAAUAAUCCAAAGUUGAGUCGAUUUACACAAUAUUUGAUUCAAUUACUUGCCGAAUGGACUGACACAUUCCCUUACGACUUCCGUGACGAGCGGUUAAUGACACAGAUUCGUGACAUCACACAAAUCUCGAUUCAAAUUAAUCCCAGCCUUCGCAGUGACGUGUCGCAAUUACUUCAGAAUCUUUUAUCAAAGCUUCAAUCACUUGAGAAGUAUGAAGAGUACAUGGAGAAAUUAAAUCAAAAAACUUCUGGAGGCGAUGAAGUGGAUGCAAAUGAGAAAUCGACAAAUGGAUUGCAACAACAAAUCUCCGUGCAUUCAAAUCACAGCCAUAAGAGUAAUUCAUCGAAUAGUUCAUCGAUCGUCUCAACGCUCACACAUCAAACUGACAUUUCGGAAAUGUGUUCAUCGCCACUUAUUCUCGCCCAUCAACUCACGCACAUUGAGCUUGAAAGGUUGUCACACAUUGGACCGGAAGAGUUUGUUCAAGCUUUCACCAAAGAGCAUCCAUCAAUUGAAACAUCAUUUAAAGAUCUGAAGAAGACACGCAACCUUGAGUCGUAUGUGACGUGGUUCAAUCGUCUCAGUUAUCUCGUAGCGACAGAUGUUAUUAAACAUCAAAAGAAGAAGCAGAGAGCACGAAUAAUUGAGUUUUGGAUUGAGACAGCUCGUGAAUCUUUCAACAUUGGCAACUUUAACAGUCUCAUGGCUAUCAUUGCUGGCCUUAACAUGUCACCAAUCUCAAGACUUAAGAAAACUUGGGCAAAAAUCCAAUCUGCAAAGUUUUCUAUCCUUGAACAUCAAAUGGAUUCAUCAAGUAACUUCAGUAGUUAUCGAUCAACACUUAAGGCAGCUAUGUGGCGAUCUGCCGGAGCCACCGAUGAACGUGAAAGAAUUGUCAUUCCAUUCUUCUCACUUCUCGUUAAAGAUCUUUACUUUUUAAAUGAAGGAUGUUCAAACAAAUUGCCAAAUGGUCACAUAAAUUUUGAAAAGUUCUGGCAGCUUGCGAAACAAGUGACUGAGUUCAUCGCAUGGAAACAAGUCACAUGUCCCUUCGAAAAGAAUGAAAAGCUCAUUCAUUAUCUACAAACAACGAGCAUUCUCAAUGAAAAUACAUUGGCACUUGCAUCUUUUGAGUGUGAACCACCUGACAACAAUCAUGAGAAGGAUCACUACAAGUUUCUUAAGAAUGAAUAUCAGAAGUAAAUCGAUAAGACGACAGACUUAAACAGAAAAGUAUUUUAUAUGUGAUUGAAUGUUUUGCUAUGAGUCAAUGUUUUACACAAUAGAGAAUUCGUUUAUUUUACAGUAGAAAUCUUAUUUUACAGCUGACAGUUAAAUAACUGCGUGUUCAUAAGUUAGGUUGAGCUAGAAAAAGUGUUCAAGAUUCAUAUAUGUAGUCGAUGUACCAUAAUUGGCCUACGCUCCCUAAGCCUUUAUGUGAAUCAAUGUUUUCUUUUUAUGAUUUAACUUUCCAUUUGGCAAAAGCGAAUGAAGAAAAACAAAAGUUUUAUUAUUUCUUUUUGUACCUGGCUUUGUAACCGAUGCGUCGGACAUUAAAAAGAAGAAAAAACUUUUUUGUCAAUUUGUAGCCACUCGAUUGUCAAAUGUCGAGUUGAAAAGAAAAAAAAAAGCUUAAGGCAGAUAAAUAAUCUUUGACAACUAUUUUUGUAUUCAUAAAUAAACAAAUGUCUUCUGAAAUGAGAUCAACAAUUUUUUUUAUAUCUUAAGCGGAAUGAAACGCAAGUUAAUCAAUCAAUCGAUGGGCUAAUAAAUAAUGUUUGAUGAACAUUUAUUUAGAAGUAAUAAAAAAGCUAAGUAAGAAUCAUAAGGAUUUAUAUUCUAGUCACUAAUCUUAUAUUAUUUACAACUUUAAUACAAUUAGAUCAUAAGAACCAUUCAUAAAUGUUUUUAUUAUAAGUUAAAGAUUUUAUUCGUUUAGUUUCUAAAGUAAAAUAAGUUUCUCAAAAUCAAACACAAAAAUCACAUUUGAUGACAAAGUUUUAUUAAAAAAAUACUUUCAGUUGUCAUUCCAGACAGUUUCAAAAGAACAUUUAUACAAAAAUCAUAGUAUUACAAUAAAACUCUUAAAGAAAUCUCAGAAAUCAAUCCAAGAAGCAUCAUUUCUUACAAAUUUUAUCAAAUUCUUAAUAAUAAAGUGACAAAUUCUAGUUAUUAUUCUUAACUCUCUUUCUAUUACUUAUCAUCAGAGAUUGUAAUGAUUAUCUGAAUGAUUACUUAUCAUGAUAUUGAUUUUUAUAAAAUUAAAUGAACCUAAAUCAUGAAUUUUGAUAAUCCAUACAUAAAACUUAAAUAAAACAUAAAAUAAAAAUAUGAGAAAAAGUUUUUUCAUCCUAAUUUUAAAAUUCCUUUCAGAAAACUUUCGGCGAAGUUAUUUUCGUGUUAAAAAGUUUCGAAGAGUAUAAAAAUCUUUCCAGUCUUUCUUCUCUUUGAUAUACUUGUUAAUUAAGUAAAUUGAUUGAUUCACAGGGCAUUGAGUACGUGGCACUUUUAACAAAUUACAAUUCCGUGGUUAAAUCUCUUCGGCUGAGAAUAUUUGGAUGCAGAAACUUGUAAUAUACGAGCAUGGCACUAAUUCCAAUUAAAAAUGAAAGAAUUGGUAUGGAAGCAAAAAGAAUAAUAAAGUUUCUUGAUAUUUCUGUGUACAAGAUAAACAAGAUGACAGCAAGAAAGUUUUCGAGUCCCGUGAGUAUGUAGAAGAACGUAUAACGUGAACACGUCUUCUUGGUUUCUCUGGGAAGAAUGUACGUGAAAAUAAAAACAGCUCCGAAAAUCAUUGAAAAAGCAAAACUAUGGAAGAUUGUGUAAGAGCAAAAAGGUGACCGGUCGAGCAGAAAUAUCCAUAAAGUCAUGAAAAAUGCAUGACUAGCGAUGGCAAUCACGAUCUGAAUAGGAAAUACAGAAGCAAGUAAAACGAUGGAAAUAACUCGCGAUAAUGGUACACAAAAAUGCCAGACACAUUGUGCAAGCAUGCCAAUAAGACUAAGUGGUCUUUUAUCAGGUUGUGCAAGUCGAUUGCAUCUUGAAUAAGCAGCUAAACUCCAUGAAAACCCCGUGAAGGCUGAGGUCAAUGACAAACUUUGAAGUACUGUUGGUUGCAGUCCCGAUUGAAGUAUUGCCGUCAUGUGAAUUAUUUUAUGUGGACAUGCAUCCAGAAAGCAUUCAAUAAUUCUAAUUAAAGCGACAUCGCUUUCUUCCAUUACCAUUAACUUGUAAUAGUGUCUUUGUCUUUCCGAGUCUUUGUUCUUUUCAGCGCGCAAGCUUUUCACUUGAUAAAUUAGCGAUUGCAUGAACCUUAAAGUAUAUGGGAAAAUGAUAACAAAAAGAAUCAAGUGACAAAAUCCUUUCUUUCUUAAAUUUUCUUUCUUCGAGUCUUCAUAAUGUAAAGUUAUCGAUAAGAGAACUGAAAUAAAUGCCGGGAUUAAGAUGAAGCACAGUGUCAUUUUAAAGAAGAAAUAUUCUCCUUUUGUGUAAUAUUCGUAAGCUAAAUUUGCAUUGAACAACACCGUAAAUAAACGCAACAAAAUUGAAAUGACAUUUGAUAGAAUAUCCCAGCCUGAGACACGCAUAUCUAUUUCUUCUGAUAACAUUGUAUUCCUCAUUGUAUUCAAAAUUUUCGCAGAUGUUUCGUCGUUGAAGAUUUUCAUCUCUCUGGUUUCAACCAUUUCACUUAUCAUAAGUUAUGCAGACAAAAACUUAAAUCAACACAUUUUUUAAUUCUUGAACUCUUAAAAAAGACACGUUUCUUU